AUGAUAUCUCAGCGUCUCACGUUUGAGGAAUUUGAUAUCCUGCUCGCACAGCAGCCUGGAGAAACGUAUCGUCAGAGAGCUGAAGGAGUAGCAUUUAGAUUAGCUACAACGCGUCAUCCAGUCACCGCAACUCAGUCAGUCCCGUCGAUUGAUGAAGUCCUUCAAGCCUUCAUCUUAGCCAAACCUGCCAAGGAAAAUUCUAAGAAUCCAAGCGUUCUUCGUACCACAUCACGUCAAUUCCUAGAAUUAGAAGAGGAAUUGAGAUUAGUAUUAGCAAAGAAGUCUUCACCAGAAGACAUUAAAAGUGAUAAGUGGUUCACCAAACAUCCAGAUCCAAAGGGUUAUGUUCCUAUUGACUUCGAGAAGUUGCAACACUACUUCUCUGGAAAUUAUGGAAUGAGAUACCAUUAUGAUCUGAAAAUGAUGGUUCCAAGUAAUGAAGAUCAAAGACGUCUAUUCUACUUUUUCUUGCCUAUUUUGAAAGAGAAAGGACUAGAAACGAGUGAUCUUACCUUCAAACAGCGAGGUUUUGAAGGAACUGCAGAACGUUCAACUAAGGUGCAGCUUUCUACCAUCACACCUGGUCCAACGUUGUCUCUGAGAGCACCAGUAACUAAGCCUGCUCCUACUACGACAACGACUACCCCGCAACCAACAACCACUAGGAGAACGACUACAACGACUACAACGACUACGACGACUACGACCACUCCAAGGACGACGACGACAACUAUGAGACCCACGUGGAUUCCGUGGUCAUCAACAACUAAGUUCAUUCCGAAAACAACUCUUCAUUCAUCUCCGAGACCAACGACCACUACUAUACGAAGUAUGCCCGCAACCAAUCCAGUUAAGCCGAUGACGACUAGCCAGACGAAAAUCGAUAGUGCAACUCAAAAAAAGUGA